AUGGGAGACAGUGAGACAGCAGUCGCCCCCGAGCCUAUGGUUACUGAAUAUGCAUCAGCUGGCUAUAACAAUACAAUUCCGAACCCGAGUGCUUAUGCUUCUGAAACUGCCGAAGGAGGGUAUGGAGCUGCAUCAGAAGCAGGUUACAGUAUGCCAACCGGUGUGAGUGCAGCAGCUGAUGGAAGUGCGUAUGGUGCAGAUCCUAAUUCCGUUUUGCAUGAUGCCCAUGGGAAUGCUUAUCAGGCCAAGAAUACUACUGGUGUAGGUGCGGCCACCGAACAUGCGCCUGCAUCUGUAAAUGGAAACAUAGGUGGUGAAGGGAAACCUCUGACAACAGUUGAGAAUGGGAGUUCUGCAGAUGAUAUGGGUGCGGCAGCCACUACGCAACAGUCAUUGGAUGGUUCUGUUCCUGCAACAUCACCUGAAGAGGAUCGGUUGUGGAACACUGUUAAGGCCAAUUCAUUGGAUUUUGAUGCAUGGACUGCAUUGAUAGAUGAAACUGAGAAGGUCGCAUGGGACAAGAUACUAAAAAUUAGAAGAGUUUAUGAUGCUUUCUUGGCUGAAUUUCCAUUGUGCUAUGGUUAUUGGAAAAAGUAUGCUGAUCAUGAGGCACGCCUGGGUGACAUGGACAAAGUAUUGGAGGUGUAUGAGAGAGCUGUUCUGGGGGUGACAUAUUCAGUGGAUAUUUGGUUGCAUUAUUGCACAUUCGCCAUUAGUACAUAUGGUGAUCCAGAGACUAUUAGAAGGCUUUUUGAACGAGGGUUAACAUAUGUUGGAACAGAUUAUUUGUCUUCUCCGCUUUGGGACAAAUACAUUGAAUAUGAGGAAAUGCAUUCAGAGUGGGCCCGGGUUGCAUCAAUAUACACCAGAAUACUGGAGAUCCCAAAUAAACGUCUGGAUGAUUAUUUUAAUAGGUUUAAGGAAUUUGCUGCAAGUCGACCUCUGUUGGAAUUAAGAUCUGCAGAGGAAACUUCUGCUCCUCCGUCUGGUCAUUCUGAGAAUGGUAGCCAAGCAAGUGAAGGAGUUGUUCAUCCUAAUGAACAAGAAGACUCUUCUAAACCUGUAAAUGCUGGCUUAACAGAAGCAGAGGAGUUGGAGAAGUAUAUCGCGCUUAGAGAAGAGAUGUAUAAGAAAGCUAAAGAGUUCGAUUCUAAGAUCUCUGACUUCGAAAAUGCUAUCAGGAGGCCCUACUUUCAUGUGCGGCCUCUAAAUGUUGCAGAGCUUGAAAAUUGGCAUAAUUAUUUGGAUUUCAUCGAAGGACAAGAUGAUCUGAAUAAGGUUGUCAAAUUAUAUGAAAGGUGCCUAAUUGCCUGUGCAAAUUAUCCCGAGUAUUGGACACGCUAUGUCUUGUGCAUGGAAGCCUGUGGAAGUAUGGAUAUAGCUGAUAACGCUCUUGUUCGUGCAACUCAAGUAUUUGUAAAGAGACAGCCAGAUAUUCAUCUAUUUGCUGCCCGAUUUAGAGAGCAGAAUGCAGAUAUACCUGGUGCUCGGGCAGCAUAUGAACGAGUGCACACUGAGAUUGCACCUGGGCUUUUAGAAGCAAUCAUUAAGCAUGCAAACAUGGAAUAUCGGCUUGGGAAUCUUGAAACUGCUUUCUCUUUAUAUGAACAAGCCAUUGCCAUUGAAAAAGGGAAAGACCAAUCCCAGGUGCUGCCAAUGUUGUAUGCACAAUAUUCUCGAUUUGUGUAUCUGGCUUCUGGAAAUGCGGAGAAAGCAAGGGAAAUUCUAGUUACAGCUCUCGAUCAUGUCCCAUUUUCCAAACCCCUACUUGAGGCGCUUAUACAUCUGGAGUCAAUUAUGUCCCUUCCAAAACGAAUUGACUACUUAGAUUCCUUGGUUGACAAGUUCAUUGCACCUAGUUCUGAUAGUACUGCAAGCCCUGUGGAGAGGGAAGAGCUAUCGUGCAUUUUCCUAGAGUUCUUAAGUGUAUUUGGGGAUGUACAAUCAAUCAAGAAGGCUGAAGACCGUCAUGCUAAGCUCUUUUUGCCCCAUAGGAGCAAAUCAGAGUUGAAGAAGCGUCAUGCUGAGGAUUACUUGUCCUCGGAUAAGAGCAAAGUCGCAAAAUCUUACACUGAUUCUGCUUCACCUGCACAAUCUGUGAUGGGUGCAUACCCAAACGCACAACAAACCCAGUGGCCAGCUGGUUAUGGUGUACAACCUCAAGGUUGGCCUCCGGCUACCCAGGCACAGCCACAGGUUCAACAGUGGGGACCAGGCUAUACACAACCUGCCUAUGGUGCAUAUGGCGGAGCAGCGUAUGGAGGCAGCUACCCUUCUUCGCAGGUGCCCACAUCUGUUGCGCCAACUGCUGCAUACGGUGCUUAUCCUCCUACCUAUCCUCCCCAGCAGCCGCAGCAGGCAGCGGCCGCGUUUCCUCAGCAGACCUAUGCUCAACCGGCCGGGGCAGCAGCGUUAGCACCGGCUCAGCAGCCAGCUGCAGUUCCACAGCCCUAUUAUGGGAGUUACUACUGA